CACUUGAGACUGAAUGAUCCAGUGUAGUGAAAUGGUGUUCUGUUGCCUUCACUUGGUGGAUCCCCCUAGCUGUUAACCUUGAGUCCAAUAGCCCAGUGGUUUUCAAACUGGGGGGUAGUGCAUUAUCAGUUUUCUUCUUGUCAUGUCAGUCAUUGCAUACCUAUUUAUAACUUAUCAGAAAUGUCCAGAUCAACUAGCCCAUGUCAGCUAAUGUUUUUUUCCCCAUAGAUUUUGUCAUUGUUGAGUCACUCAAUUCACAUGAAUGCACAUUAGUGCUUUAAAACAGCAAAAUUUUCUCUCUGCCAACAAGAGGGGUGAACAGUUUGUGUCAUGAACAGUGCUAAUGCCUAUAGAAAUGGACGUGGCGCCUGCAGGGGGAUGUUCCCCAAUGCUGGAAGUGGUGUCUGAGUGAAAAGUUUUGGGAAUGUACAGUUUGGGAACCUACAAGCCUACAUGAUGUCAGUACAACAGAAAGAAUGAUGUCCCAUUAUGUGAUCACUGACAGCUGUCACCUAUGACCUUUCACACAAUUAAAAAAACUUCCAUCUAAACAACCUCCCCGACCCACAUGUGCCGGAAGAAGGGUGUUUCACCGCACCCUUCCUAGAAAAGCCGGGUGGUAAAGUCAAACCAAAGAGUAAAUACACCGGACAUAAACAUCACCAAAAAUACAUUUAGCAUGGAGGACUCUGGUCGAGGAGCCAGCUACACAGUGCCCUGUGACGACUACGUCCAUGUGGUGGAGUUCAGCCCCUUUGACAGUGGCUCAGCUGCCCUUCUGGCCUAUGGAGGAAACCAGUAUGUGGUGGUUGGCACCUGCCGCUUCCAGGAGGAGGACAUGGAGGUAGAGGGGAUUGAAUUCACCACACUGCGUGUUUUCCAUCAUGCGUUACGUGUGGAUUGCCUCGCAUGGAGCCCUGAGUCUCGGCUGGACAAGCUGCCCCAACUCAUCAGAUUUUGCACUGCUGCAGCAGACAGAAAAGUGAGGCUGUUGACUUCUGAUCUUCAGAAUCAACAUGAAGUCAAGGUGAUGGAGGGUCACACAAGCUACAUCAACCACUUAGUGUUUGAACCCACGGAGGGGAAACAAAUCGCUUCGGUCAGUGAUGACCAUACAUGCAGGGUGUGGGACCUGGAGGGGAAUGAAACCACUACAUUUAGACUACGCUCUCCUGGUGUCAGUGUGUGCUGGCAUCCUGAAGAUGCCUUCAAGCUGAUGGUGGCCGAGAAAAAAGGGACGAUACGGUUCUAUGACCUGGUUACCCAGCAGGCCAUUCUUUCUCUGGAUUGCGGCCAGUCGCCGCUCAUGUCGGCCGACUGGUGCCUCACCAACACCAUCAAGGUGGGCGCGGUGACUGGCAGUGACUGGGUCAUCUGGGAUAUUACCCGCUCCAGUUACCCACAAGAGAAGAGGCCUGCCCAUGUAGAACGAGCAGGAAACUUCAGGUGGUCUCGGGUCAAUGAGAAUCUCUUCUCCACAACAGGAUGUCCAGGCAAGAUCAGCAGUCAGUUACUAGUGCAUCACCUUGGUCACCCGCAGCCCGUGAUGAUUGGAUCAGCCACGGUGGGGGCGGGUCUAAGCUGGCACAGGUCCCUCCCACUCUGUGUCAUUGGCGGUGACCGAAAGCUCUCUUUUUGGAUGACAGAAAUGUAAUGCAGUCACUCCCUAUGGACAUACGGGAGGCAAUGCAAAUGUACAUUGAAACUGUUUGACAUGAGGUGUGGUUGGAUAUUUCUAUUUUCAUAAUUUUUCAAUAAAGUAUUUCAUUUUCCA